GUGCGGAUUGUGUCAUUUUUUAUACAGAUUCUUUCUUGUAUAGUAGAAAGUAGCGACAGCUCUAAAUGCGCUGAAUAGAUGACUACAGCUUAAAAUGAGUGUUUAAAACUACCGGUACUUUAAAGUACCGUCGGGACACAAAGGGUUAAUCACACUUUAAUCAUCUUUAAGCUCAAAUUUAAAGUAUAAAUCAUUCCUUCACUCUUAAAAAUAAAACGAUUUAAAAACAAAAUCAUCUCUAACCUUGACAUAAUCACCCAUUGUAUAAUUUUUAUCAUAACACAAUAACACCUCCGCUUCUCUCUUCACUCACCUUCAUUUUAUUAAUUGAACAAUGAAAUUACAUUGGAGAAUUGAUCGCAAAUUUAAUUCAAAAUCAAGCUAUAAAAUUUUCUUAAUCACUAGUGCUUUGUUACUAAAAUUACUUCUUUUAAUCCUGCUAUAUUCAUAUUUAGCAAUACAUUCUAAACACCACUGUGAUUAUUUAGAAGAUUUUCCGAACCUUACGAGCAUUUUCGACGUAAGACGACCUAAAUCGCAAUCAAUCUUUUUCUUGGUUACCCCUUGUAAGAAUGUUUUUACCAAAAGAGACGCUUGUGCGGUUGAAGCCGCGUCACGAACGAACAAAAAUACAGAAGUCUUUGUCUUGUACACCCAUCCAAUUAGAAGCGGAAAGAAAGAUUUGUAUCUAAACGCCGUCUUAUCAUAUAAGAACGUCAACUUUAUUUACCUCGAUGUUAAGAAGUAUAUAAAAGGAACCCCUUUGGAGAAACUAUUCCAUACGAGAAAACUAAACAGGGAUUUCGUGAAAGAACUCCUCGCUCUUUUAACUUUAUACAGAUAUGGAGGGAUUUAUCUUGAUUUGGACGUCCUUAUUUUGCGAGAUUUGAAGCGGAUUUAUGGAAAUUUCAUUGGGUACGAUGGCGAAACCUUAAACACCUCAUUUAUGGGGUUUAAAAACGAUACCGUUGCGGAAAAUUACAUCUUUAGAAUAAUCGAUCAAAUCAAUUUAAGAUAUAACGGGGAGAAUAGUGUUUCACCCUUUAUUACUGAAUUAAUCGAAGAACUUUGCGACACAAAAAAUUUAACCAUAAUCUCAAAACGACAAUGUGUUCGAUACAAAGUUUUCCCAAAAGAAUUUUUUUACCCAAUAUCAUCGAUUGACUCGAAAAUACUUUAUAACAAAAACCCAAAUGAAAACGUUUUUAAAAUAAUAAAAAACAGUUUAACUCUUAACACAUUCUCUAAGAACCAUUUAAACGUUGAGAUGCCAACCGUUUCUUCGUACCCCUACGUUAACAUAGCUAAAAAAUACUGCCCGAAAGUUAUAAAUACUUUAAAUUAUAUUUGAAAUGAAAUAAAUAAAAUUUUUAAUUUCCUAACCAAACAAUUAAAUUUGAUUCGAAGGAAUCGAAACUGAAAAGGAUUAAUUAGGAAAACCUGGUAGCUCCCAAAAGCAUUGUUUUCGAGCUUUUGUGUAUAGUCACCUUUAAGACGACCGGAUCCGGGAUUCAUUAGAAAGGUGAGGUUAUUAAAUUUGAAAUAAUGGAGGCGAGGGUGGAAACGGGUUUUAGAAAAGAGAGGAAAACCCCGUUCGAUUCGAAGUAGGAAAAAGAAUUGUAUUCGGGCGCGUAUUUCUCUCCAUCGACAAUUAUGGCCCUGUCUGGUCUGGCGGAUGACAAAUGUAUCCCGGGAUAUUGGCAGAACUGAGGCGGAAGGGCGAAUGGAGAAAUAAACACCGAGGAAGGAGAGGCUGUAUUUUUGCUCUCUCUUGAUAUUAAAGCGUGACCGGGGGCGGGUGCGGAUCCUGACGGAAAAGGGGGAGAAAUAGGAAGGUUCCUUGCGGAUUGUUUUUAUUGGAACGAGAUGAAAGGGGGAUGAAAGAGAACUGGCGGGACCUCGAUGACCGGAGUUUUAAUCAAAAGUAACUUUAAAAGCGAUACGUUAUACACUUUCCCCGUUGAUGUUAAAUUAAUAAAAUAGUCAAUACUCUUGUUUUUGUCCAAUCAACUAAUAAUUAAUUUUAUCAUUGAUACUGCUAAAAUUGAUACUUUGUGAUAUAUUUUUGUUAUCGAUAAUUCGAAAAUAAUUUUUUAAACCUUAACUUAAUCAGAUUUUACACUUGCCCUAUUCACAUCGUGCUAAAAAGAGUAAUUUUUAUGUUUAGAAAUUUGCCUAAACAAGGUAC